AUGGCUUCUAGUGAUUAUGGAAAUGAAAAUCCUGCCUUGCAUCACAAGGUUGAGGGAAAAGAAAUGAUGGGUUAUAGUGUGAUUGAGUCGCCUGCUAUCACUGAUUUCAAACAAGUCGCUAAAAAGAUACUUUUUUAUCUAAAAAACAUUCAACAACUCAUGGAGGAAGAGAGGAAAGGGGUUCAGGAGGAAAUCGAUCAAGAAAAAAGGGUCUCUCCUGUAUUGGAGGUGAAGGUUUAUUUCGGUGAUCAUGACCACUUACAUCAACACGUUGCUGUGGCUUUGGAUGGCGAAGAGAAGAACGAAACUAAAAAACAAGAGUAUUACUCUGUACUUGAUGUGUCCACUGUCAAGGAUCCCGACCAAGUCAUGGCCAUGGUGGUAGAGAAGAAGGAGAAAAUCAAAAAGUUAAUUAUACAGGUAUCUGUCUCUCCUCCAGCUAUAGUCAUGGACGUGGAAGAAGAGAAGAAAGACGAGGUUGAGGAGGAAGAUGAGAUUAAAAAAAAAGGGUGGGUGGUUGAGUUGGAAGAUGGCUGGGACUCUGACCGUGUAGUAGAGGACCCUGAAGAAUAUACUCGGUGUUUACGAUACGAACAAAAGGGUAGAAGGGAUCUUUUGUUAUACUAUAAUAAGUUUGCUUCUGCAUCGAAAGGUUUUGAUAUUGAUUGUCCUCCUCCACCUGGCUACUGUUGGGCAUACCCCAUGGAUCUUAAUGACUCUUCUCAACUUGAAGCAGUCAACAGAAUGGCCAAAUUUUCUGUUGAAUAUUACAACACAAAAUAUAAGGAAAAGGGAAAAAUGAUCGAGUUUGUUCUAGUUCAUCAUGCAAAUUUCUGCAGAUCCCUUCACGGUGUGUACUACAUAACUUUAUUGGCUAAAGACCUUAUUAUGGAUGAUGGUGACGAGAUAACUUAUCAAGCUAAGGUCAUCCAUGAUGAUAUUGGAUCAGGAGAUAUAGAUGUGGAAAUUUUUAGGCCAAAAACAAACCAAAGUAAAAGAAAAUAUAAGAUUAAAAACAAUGGUGAUGAUGUUGAGGAGGAGGAGAAAACUGAAGGGAAAUACUGGGUGGUUGAGUUGGACGAUGGCUGGGACGUCUAUCAUGUAGUUGGAGGCGAACCUGAUGAAUAUACUCGGCGUUUGAAAUACCAUGAAAAGGAAGAAAGGGAUCUUUUGGUGCACUAUUCUGAGAUAUAUUGCGCAUCCGAUGGUUUUGAUCUUGUUCGUCCUCCUCCACCUGGCUACUGUUGGGCAUCCCCCAAUGAUAUUAAUGAACCUUCUCAACUCGGAGUUGUCAACAGAAUGGCCAGAUUUGCUGUCGAAUAUUACAACAAAAAAUACAAGAGAAAGGGAAAAAAGAUGGAGUUUGUUCGAGUUCAUCAUGCAAAUAUCACGAGAGCAUGUCGUGAUGCUUACUACAUAACUUUGCUGGCUAAAGACCUGAUUAAGGAAAACGAUGACGAGGAGAAAGCUUAUCAAACUAAGGUGGUCCAUUGGGAGUUUCUAUCAGGAGGCGAGACGGCAUUGAAGAGGGUGCAAGAACUAAAGCCUCAGUUUGACCACAUCAAAACACGACGGAGGGAAAGCAACAGGUACAAGAAGGAAUGCAUAAACAGCUUCCUGCUCUAUCGCCUUGAGGGUAUUGGCAGUGAUUUGACAGCUUCGAUUGACCUGACUUCAGGGCUUGGAAGACUGUAUGUGUAUGAUGUCAGUGGUCUGAAUUCUGAUGCUAGGGGAGUCGUGUUGGUGGGUUCUCUUGGGGUUGCGUUGUUCUUUCAGGCUGCUGAAUCUUUGCUCGUGUUCUGA